GAAUAAUCUGGAAAUCCAUUGGUUCCAGUAAUUGUGCGACUUGUAUAUACGAAGGCGAACUAAGUAUGUUGUAUCGUUGACGAGAUUUUGUAAUUAAUAAAUAAUAAGUAAAAGAUUUCUGUUAUUUGUAUAUCGCGAAAUAAAAAUCGAAAGAACAGAAAAUGAUUCUGCCUCUGUUGGCCGUGAUGUAUACCUCGAUCAGUUUUGUUGAAUGCAUUCCGGAAUUGGAAUUAGUACAGAUCGUAUUCGCUCAUAAAACGUACGCUCCAAUUUCGGAAUUGAUAAACAGCAACGAGACGAGUUUACCGCAUAAUUUAACUUAUGAAUACUUUAACACAGCUCCGAUUACCAUGCCCAAAAUCGGUAUGCUUAACAUGUACAAUCUAGGAGUUCAUUUACGAACGAUAUACGACGAAUUUCUCGGCGAGAUUUACAUGCAAGAAACGGCGAAAAUGCAAACGGCCGAGUAUCCGUUGUCCAUAUUAGCUGGCCAAUUAGUGAAUGCGGGUCUCUGGCCUCCGGCGAAAGAGCAAAGAUGGAACGCUGAUAUAAAUUGGCAACCGAUACCUACAGAUUAUAUACCAGCGCACGAAGAUACAUUGCUACUCGGAAUACAGUGUCCAAAUUUUAUUCUCGAGAUGGAGAAAGUAUUAAAUAUGUCACGUGUGCGAGAAAAAAUAUCGCAGCAUUUACCUUUGUUCAAUUAUAUAUCGAACUAUACAGGGAUGAAUAUUCGACGACCAUCGGAAGUGGCGUUACUGUAUGCUGUUUUCGAAACAAAGGCCGAUUUAAAUCAACCGCUUCCAUAUUGGGCACAAGAUAUCUUUCCCAAUGGGGGAAUGUAUAACGUGUCGUUGCUCGAAUACGAUCUCCUUUGGGAAACUUCUUUACAGAAGAAAUUAAAUGGUGGGGCAAUCGUAAGAGAGAUUUUAGUGAAUUUGUUGAUGUACAUCAAGGGGGACGUGCCAACGAAACGAAAGCUCAUGAUGUACAGCGGAAACGAAAGAAAUAUCGUGAGCGUUUUGAAAAGUUUAAAUUUGUGGUCACCACAUAUUCCAAACGAGGCAGCAUCCGUGAUUUUUGAACUUUAUUUUGACAAUGAAACGGAAACUUAUGGUGUAAAGAUUAAUUAUUACACGGGAAUAGAUGGUAUCACCAUUCCUUUGAUAAUACCAAAUUGCACCAAAAUAUGUCCAAUUAGGACAUUUUUAUAUUCAAUAAUAGAUAUUUUACCCGAGAACACGCAACGAUUGUGUCAUUGUGGAAAGAUUGAUCUUUCUGAUCAGAGUGUAAUACUCAAUGAUAUCAUUUAUAAUAGAUCUGUUUCUCAUAAAUUACAAAAUAUUAUGCUUCUUAUUUUAUUAGUAAUUACUUUAUUCGUAUAAAUUUGUAUAAAUGAAUGUAAUCUCAUUGCAAAUAUUCGAAUAAUUCACACACGUGUGAGAAAAUUAA